CGUCGCGCGACACACCGCCUGCAUCAUUGUUGCUAUUUUUCGAUGGGGCUGCUGUGAGGAUGUGAUCUGACGGGGAUCUCCGCUUUCUCGCUCCGCUGCCUCCUCACUACCGCUCAGGAUGCCCAGGGCUCUGCGGCGACUGGUCCAUUUGAUGCUGUUCUGCCCUCUGUCUAAAGGCCUGCAGAGUCGUCUCCCGGCCAUCAAGGUGAAGUACCUUCUCCUCGCCUGGCUGGGCAUUCUCAUCAUCAGCUGGAUCGUCUACAUGCAGUAUGCCUCGUACGCUGAGCUGUGUCGCGGGCACGUGUGUCAAAUGGUCAUCUGCGAUCACUACCGAAGGGGCAUCAUUUCAGGCUCGUCAUGUAAGGCCUUGUGUGAUCAGAAAACUCUGACGCUGCACCGCUGCAUGUCCACCUCCUCCACCCAUCAGGUCUACAUUGGACUUUGGAAGGACAGGCCGGUGGUAAUCAAAUGUGGCAUCGAGGAUCCAGUGAACAUAGAUGGAGUCCCAGAGACUUUGCCGAGACCAGAAAUGAGCUUAUUCGACAAGCCGACUCGUGGAACCUCAAUGGACGAAUUCAAAGAGAUGCUGCACAGUUUCCUUAAGGCUAAUCUCGGUGAACAACCAUCUUUGAGCGCCUUGGUGGACAGAGUCAUCACUCUCGCUGACGUCAACCAGGAUGGCAAAGUGUCUCUCGCCGAGGCCAAGUCCAUCUGGGCUUUGCUUCACAUCAACGAGUUCCUCCUGAUGGUGGCGCUGCAGGAGAAGGAACACUCCCCGAAGCUUCUGGGCUUUUGUGGAGACCUGUACGUGACAGAACGGGUGAGCCACAGCUCCCUCUACAGGCUGAAGGUCCCUCAUUACCUUGAGACGGUCGUCCCGGAAGCCCUCAGCUCUGGUCUGAACCACUGGCUGGCGCCAUCCUGGCCCCGCAGGGCCCGCAUCACCAUCGGCCUGCUGGAGUUCGUGGAGGAGGUCUUCCACGGAUCCUACGGGAGCUUCCUAAUCUGCGACGCCAGCCCCCACCACGUGGGUUACAACUCCAAGUAUGACUGCAAGAUGGCCAACCUGCGCAGCGUGGCGUCAGAGGCCGUGGUGCGGGCCUUCCUAAAGGGCCGGCGGUGCGAGAACAACGCGGACUGCACUUACGGCAAAGACUGCACCGCCACAUGCGAUCGACUGGUGAAGCAGUGCAACACGGAGGUCGUGCAGCCCAACCUCGCCAAGGUGUGCAUGCUCCUGCAGGAUUACCUGCUGUUUGGGGCCCCGUCAGACCUGCGGGGCGAUCUGGAGAAGCAGCUACGCACCUGUGUGACACUCAGUGGGUUAGCCAGCCAGAUGGAAGUGCACCACUCGCUGGUUCUUAACAACCUGAAGACGUUACUGUGGAAGAAAAUUUCCAACACACAGUACUCCUGAAAGCAGACGUAACCAAUCAGCUGUUCUGUCUCACGAAUUAUACAAAACAAGAGAAAAUCUUUAGUUUUGCCAAAUAGCGUAACUGUUUCAAUCAUUUGUGUGAUUGUCAUCCUACACUGAAUGGAGAUACAGGAUCGUGACAAGGAACAUGUCCCCUUUAUUUUUGCUUGUUUUGUCAUACUUAAAAAUGUUUCACAUCAUCAAACAAAUGUUGAUGUCAUAUAAAGAUAGCCUUAUUGAACAUAGUAAUAGUUCUCAAUGAGGAGUUCAUUUAAAAGUUAUCCAACCCAACCAGACAAUUUGACAAAAUAUAUAUAUUUUUUAUUAAAUUAUGAAUUGACUCAUCUCACAUUUUUACAUGCUUUCACACAAAGGUCUGAUUAAAAUUGCCGAAUAAAAAAAGUCACUUAAGUAAAACCUGUCUGACAACAUGAAGUGGGCUAAAAAGUCUUAAAAGUGCAAGUUAUCAUAAAAACAGCAACGCACCAACAAUUAAUAUUGAAGAAGAGGGCAUGGCAAUAAAUUCCACUGCUUCAACCAAUGGUGGUUAAAAUGACAAAAUUUGUAAAUCAAAAAUGUACAGGUGCCUAUAAGACCAAAAAGGUGAACAAUAAAUGAACCGAUAAAGACUUAAUACAGAGACAACAAUACAGCACUUGGAUCAUGCAUCAUAACAAUGAUCCAAAACACCAGCAAGUCUAUCUCUAAGUGGUUAAAACAAUAAAACUAAGGUUUUAUUUUCUUAUUUGCUAAGAAGAGUGGACCAAAAUCUUGCAUUCCACCAAAAAGGUUCUUUGUGAGUUAUGUCAGAGUGUUGAUAGCACUGUUUUCUGCCACUAAAGGUGGCCCAACCAGCCAUUAGGUAUAGGAUGUAAUUACUUUUUCACAACACUGUAACUGAAAACUGUGAACCGCAAUUUAUAAUGUGAAUCGAGAGAACCAACGAACCCAAAUACCUUAUGUAUGACUCCGUCAUGUUUGUUUUUCAACUCGUUAGUUGUGACAGAUAAUCCGCCCAUUUGCACACUAUUCUCAGGACUCUGCCUGUAACGCCAUCUGUUUGGUUCUACAUGUAAUUUAGUUUUUAAAAUAAAGCAACUUGGAUUUAUUUUUUUGUUCCUUAUGUCUGUGACUGCAGCUUUAAAUAAAGCUGCGGUUUUAUUUUCUGUAAAUGAGGUUGAUCACAACACAGGAGAUGUACGGUUAUGAGAAAAUAAACUAAAGUUUGGUUCAAG